GCUGUAAGACGUGGCGUGUACCCACAGUUUUGUGCUAGGUGGAACGCCCGAGAGGAAAUUGACAGCAACAAGACAAUAACGGAAAAGAGUUAAAAGUAUAAAUACAAUACACUACAUUACAACUCAUCACAGUCCGGGAGAAUGCAACCCAGCACGGAAACCCGGUUUGGGUUUUUAUGCAAAUCCUAAUCUGGAAGCGGAAAGCUCUUUUUCUAUAGUGUAUUGUGUUCGAUAUUACGCAACGUGGCAUACUCACACAAACAUGCGAGCCACAGUGGCUUAGUUUCCAUUUAGUUGUGGAUUCCACAAAAAGUUCCUAGUUCCCUCCUACGAGCGACGUGUGCCACAUCAACAUCAACAACACCGUCAACAACACAAAAAUGGCUGUGCACAAUCGACAAAAAAUAAAGCAGUAAACUGAAUAGAGGAAACCAGCUACAUAAAACUCACACAAACAUAAGCAAAGUGCAACAAGAAAUGCGUGUACUGUCCGUCGACGAGUGUCGGUAAGCUGUGAACUGACGACAGAAACUGUGGUGCUCGUUUCUCUUCGGUUAACUCUUUAUUUUGUUCGGUUAGGUUUUUGGUGAUCACACAUUUUCUUCUUGUUGGUUUAUGGUUUUGUUGUUAUGUUCAUCUUAUACCUUCUUUUGCUCCAACUUUGUUCGUUAAUCAGAGAAAAGUAUUCUGUCCCUUUGUGUGUGUCAGUGUAUGCGUGAAAGAGAAUCCCGAGCACCACACAACCGGUGCUGGACAGUACAUGCCAGCGUGGCAUCAUCAUCAUCAACAGCAACUCCAAUCAACUACUCGCCAAUUCCAACAUUCCCACCAAUCGGCGCGCCCAAUGCCACACUAGCAUGGCAGCAUGUGCACCGAACGGAGUAUCCUGUAUCGUUUUUAUAAUACUUUAAUUUUUAUGUACCUGAUCUACGUUACCCGUUCGUUUGGUGUGAUCCUCGAAGAAUACGUUGUGGACCAGGGACGCAACCUGACGCUUCGUUGCGAUUCUAGCCAUCCGGUGAAAUGGGUUCGCGAAGGGCGACGAGAAGACGUGAGGCAGCUUCAGAUGGACGGGUCGCUGGUGUUGACAAAUUUAAGUGCCCAGGACAGUGGGCAGUAUACGUGUGCGGCUGCCGUGACUACCCUCACCACUGUCGCCGAGAACGAGGAUUCCAGGGACGACAAUACCACUCACGCCAAUAUUAGCACAAGUCAGGCCAUUACUCAGGACGGAUUGAGUCGUGUCGAAUCAUUCGCCAGCUACGAAAACACAACUGGCAGCGAGAUAACACAACUAGAAGAGGAAAACGGCGUAGAUAGGGUAAAGCACCAGGAAGAAGAGCGUCUAAAAGGCAACCGGGAAGCUUCGUCUCACCAGAUGGAGAACUUUGUCGAGUUGUUGAAGGUGAACGUAAAAGUGCGGACACCACCGUUGGCGGUUUCAAAUUUUUACGUACGGGCUUCCACCAUCAUCGCGGUGCUGGUGUGGGAAGUGUUGCCGAACAGGACGGGAGGCUAUGCCAUACGUGACUUCACCGCCGAGAUGCGCCGAAUGUACGAUGCUGAUGAUGCUAGGGACACAGAUGAAGACAUACCUGAGCUGCCUUGGGAGACGAUCGAUCCGCGCCACAUCAGUCCGAACGCGCGUCAGCUAGAAAUCUAUCAUCUGAUACCCAACACGACGUAUGAAUUUCGUAUCUGGGGUAAUAAUCAGCUUGGAGCCGGCGAGGUUGUCACUAUCUUGGCUACGACACAACCGCGCAUGGAAGAAAAAGAUCUCGUCCGGCGUAUUAUGAUCGACGCCAAGAAUUUUGAUACUCGUGUUUGGAUAGCCGCGGUUGGCAUCGUGAUGGGCACGCUCUUUAUCUUGUCACUCGGGACCUGCAUUGUGCUGUACAAGGAGUGCCACGAGCCAGCCGUGGCAGACAAAGAGGAAGAAUUGGACAGCCUGGAGCUGGUGCCGAACAUCAUCCUGAAUCCGGGCUUCUGUGACUCGGACGACCAGGGUCAGCAGCCGCUCUCUCCGCCUAUGCCUCACACUCCACCGCACCAUCACUACAGAAGAAGCCACCCGCUGGGUUGCGGUUCGUCCACCCUUAGUAACGGCACCAUUGCGAAUCGAGGUACUCGUCCGGAUGCCUGUGAUGCCGACGACGAUGACGAAGGCGAUGACGAGCCUAUGACAUUCAGCCGCCGGAUGUCGAUCUUCUUCACCGGAAACACUAUCAAGCGGAUUUGAAUGAAAGAUUUUUUGGUGGACAGUGUACCAUGGCUAAGUACGCUGACCACAUUGGGGGAUCCUUGCUUCAACUUUUUCCCAAGCUUAACCUUCAAGCAUCUACUUUAAAGCUUCUCUAACUCUUCCUUUCUCUAUCACUCAUUCGCUCGUUCUGGCUGUGAAAAUGGUGAAACUUGUCCCGGUUUUGUAAUGGCUCCGUUUUUGCGAGAUGUGCCUUGCUUUGUCUCCGCUCCCACUUCCCCCCUCGCUUUCAUAGGAUAGGGUUUCCCCAUGUGCUGAUGAAUUGUAGAUUUUUAAAGGUUGGAUAAAAUGUAACAGGCCGUGUGUGGAAGAGUGGAGAGAGAGACAUGUUUUACAUGGAGAUGCACCAUACUGUUAACAGUUCGACUUAUUGAUUACAGCUACCAUUUUUUGGGAAAUAUAUUUUUCUGUUUUUUCUUGAACCGCAUAUAACGGUCCGGUGUCCUAUGCUCUUAUCACAGCAACUUUGCUGUACUCUGCAUUUGCUUGCAUCACCAACAACAAUACCUAUUAUCAUUUUUUAAUAACAAAUAUGUGUUCCAUAUAAAAAAGGGCGAUGUGAAAGUUCCUUUUCGGACGUCCGACGUGAUUAUUUUUCAUCGUUUUUCCUUAUUUUCUACUUGAGCAUCGGCUGAAAAAAAGAAUCAUGUUUGCAUAGAAGAAGUUGUAAAAUAAACAGACAGGCGAACAUAUUGAAAAAUGGUGAAAGGAUCAAUAUGGUUAUGCAAAAACAUGUGUCCGAUAGUCACAAUUUUAAUGACAAUGGAUACUUCGAUAACAAUAAAAUGAAAAAGAAAAAAGAAUGUAAAUGAAAAGAAACAAACCCCGUUGAACUUACAAUUUACCUUUAAAUGUGAUAAGGAGCAGGAUGGCGUUUUCGUGCUGAAAACGCCGUGCCGCAGAUUAUACAUAGCUGCUUUCUUUCACUUUUGUUGUUGUACAAUAAGAAAACUACCGGUUUGUGGCGAAAGUGAAUUAUUAGUUUGCAUUGGAAAUAAUACCAACCCUGAACACAAUGGUUACAACAAUGACAUGAUUUUCGAACACUAAUAAAGAUGAAAGAGCGCCCAAAAGGUUUUUAACAUUGAUUGCUCUUCUUCGUAUUGUUGUUGAAAUGUUGUACAAUUGACAGGUUCAACAUGCUUUGCUUUAUGAACGCUUGGCUUGAAUCCAAAGAAAGAAUAUUCGUAAACUCGCAGCGACCACGCGCAAAGCAACUCAAAAUAAUGUACUCGCAACACCGGCUACACCAAUCACAAAUAAAGUUGGCCGUAAUUGUUGAGCUACUCAGAACCAUUGAGCUUGGAGAAGCAGAAAUAAAAUAACAGAAAAUACAAAAUAUCGAAAACUAAUAUCACAGACACACAUAAAACCAACAUUUCCAUUCAUGAGAACAUGAAAUGACGUUCAACAAAAGCGAGUGAAAUGAAAGGGGAGCUGUUUUAUCGUGGACAUUGUUGCAACCCAAAAAGACACAUCACCAUUAUGUCACAUGUUAGGUAACCGCAAAACAACAAAUAAAGGUAUUUAAAAAGGCGUCGGCAUUAGUAAUAUACAUGAUGCAAGAGUAAGAAAAUUAACAAAAUAGAAAACAACACUUUAUUGAGCAUUAUGUACGGUGUACGGGUACAUCGUAUGCAUGGCGGAUAUAACGGAAGCUGGUUAAUGUUGCAAUCUUAUACAGCAACUUCGCCGCAACCUAAAUCGAGUGAGAAUCGAGCAGAGUAUAGACGGUAGCCAGUGCUAUAUUAGGUAACUAUUUAAAUACAACAAUACGCAAUAGAUAAAAAUCAAAACACCUUAAUCUAGGAACGGGAAAACGUUGAUCAACAAUUGACGUUGACACAAUAAAAGCAUAAAACAAUAUAACUAUUGUUACUAGCCGCUUUCUUGGAUCGAUUGCUACAUGUAUUAGCACGGUUUCGGUUUCGGUUCGGUUAGAAGGUUUCGUUAAAUUGCCUCGUUUCUAUUAAGAAUUCAAGCAGUGAGAAAGGGAAAGAUUUUAUAAUCUAUCUAUAAGCUAUAACUACCUUUCUCGCUUUUGUUGCUUUGGAGGUGCGGGACUACGCCAAAUCAUAAGGCAAAAACUAAAGUUAAGUGGAAACAAGUGAAUAGGUCUAGCUUUGACCUGUUUAACAAAGUGGAAAAGUGUUCUUUGAAAUCCUGGGGAAAGAUAAUACGCACAAUCGUGCGCAUACUAACCAUUCCCUUAUCAAUCGCAGUGGAAUAUGAUUUGGUGCAUUUAAUCACUUUGUGAGUGUGCAGAACAAUUCCUGUUUGUCCUGAAAACAGUAAACAUGCUAUACUAGAAGGCUAAAUGCUUUUUUGAAGGAGUUUUUUGGGGGUUGCUGAAAAUGUUCAUCUGUUUUGAUAUUGGUAAGGUGAACUACUUACUACUCCUUGCGUUACUGAAAGCAGAAUACUAGAGAACAAAUAGUUCCCAUUUAGUAAAUUCUACUGAAGCUAUAUUAUCCGCCAAAUUUGCUCAUCUUGUUCGCCCACGAGAUGACUAAGUGUGAGGCCACCGAUCUGAACUGUAAUGACAACUUAUUCUUCAGAAAGCCCCACCACUCAGGGCGGUAUGAAUCGAUCAAUUUCGUACGACGUUAAUUAUAAGCAUCAAUUAAACUAAACAGUAUGGUCCUUCCUGUGCCACGAUAAGGUUCCAACAAUGCGCAAACAACAUCCAACAAUGUAAUCAAAUAGGAAAAGGAGCUUACGCGAAGAUUUGUUGGUGCAUGAAAGACUUAAAGCUAGAAACCGAAGGAAGAAUUUAUUAAAUUACCAUAUCUCGGAAGUAAUCACUCAUGUAGAUCGCCGUUUUUUAUAUUAAAAAAUGUGGGCGAUAUAUUACUAUUAUGCCGUUGUUGAAGCUCCUUCAUGAGAGGUUUUUGUUCAUAUCGAACUCUGAUACUCGCAUAUGUUGGUUGUGGGUAUUGGUUUUGCUACAUUUGGCCUCGCAAUACAAACGUGGUAUUGCCGACUCGCAAAGCCGACGAAUCAUAACAGCUGUCAAACUACUUAGUUCUGAUCGAUGGAGAAUUCGGUAGAAUAUUUUCGCGUAUUUUGUCUCGAACAGAAAAGAAAAUUGAAAUCAAACAAAUAAAAACGCCACCAGUUCAUAUCAGGAAUUAUGGGUUACUCUUAACGUCAAGGUAAAGCCUUCAUUCAAGGCCCUUGGUGUACUUAUCCCCAUUGUCUCGCUUAAUUAAAGAUUUGCCCCUCUAAGAAAAGUAGGGGAGUGUGCCGCCUUGCCACACUUGACCUUGUUGGACCAUCAACAAACACUUACUGACCAGUGAAGUCUUAAUGUAGUGGUCGACAAGAGAUAAAGAAA